AUGGAAGAAAAAAUUAACUCAUUGUUCUUUGUUAAAAUUACUACGCUAAUCCUUUUAAGUUGGAUAUAUAAUAUUUAUAUUUAUAGGAGUACGCAUAACAAAUCUUUGAAUAAAAUGUACAGUCAUAGAAAAUUAUACGCAAGAAAUUAUCGUAUUCUGGCAAAAUAUAAGCAGGAUAAGGAUUCGUGUAUUGUAUGUUUAAAAGAAGAGUUACCACACAUGGUUUAUGAUAAACAAGAUAUAUCUAAUAAUGAAAAAGAUUCCUUAUGGAAAAAGAAUUACUCAAAUGAAAGCUUACCAAGGAGUGUAAGAGGACUUAAAAAAAAAAUGAAAAAUAAAUCUUGUAUAUUUGAAACUAAAAACUAUUCCCAUUUGGAAAAGAAAAUAUUUAAAGAACUCGAUUAUGUAGAUUUUCUUCAAAGGAACAAAAGAAUUAGUGAUAAGCUUUACAAAAAAAUAAUACUUAAAAAUUUUUUAUUAAGAAUCAAAUAUCCUUGCAUAUUAUUAUUGUUGUUAUGCAUAGCGUUCAUAGUAGAAAUUUCUUCGGGUUAUGGAGUUUCGAGUGGACUAUAUAUUUUAUUGUUUGAUUUAAUUGGUAAAGAGCAGAUAACAGCUUUUAGGGAGGCUUGUUCGGGUAGCUUUUUAGAGGAAAUGUUCCAGCAUAUUGUAUUAGUUAAAGGUAAACAAAGGAUAAUUUUUUUUAGAAGUAUGUGUCGUACUCUAAUAUAUUUUUUACUUUUCUUUAUAUUAGGAAUUGUAAUUAUAUCGGGGAUUGUUUAUUAUCAUAAUAAAGUUAAAAAUUAUGAAAGAAUUAAGUUCAGAAAAAAGUAA